AUGCUGAAAAUACUACAACAUCCUAUAUUAGUUAAUCCAACACGUUGGUUAAGAUCUAACAAGAAACAUGCUUCAGAUUUGUAUCAACGCGGGUAUUACCCAUCGUUACAAAACAACCCAUUCGCAUCGGCAUUGACACGACUUGAAGCAAAUUCUCCAACUACUACAAUACCACAUGGUGAUGGAAUUUCUUUGGUUGUUUCCAAACAAAAUUUAAAUCUGGGCAAACAACACCUCACACUUAAUCCAAGGAUAGGCGAAGAGAUUCAUGAGCCUAGUAGAUUGAUCAUCAACAGCUCAAAGUACAUUAAGACAAUGAUCAACAAUCCAAAAGCCACUCAAAAGUUGAUUCCUAUGCAAUUUAUUAUAAAAGGAAAGCUAAUGAAAAACCACAUCACUUUACAAGAAAAUAUACUAGAAACCAUUGAGGAAAUUUACAAACAGAAAAUAGAAACUUUAAUCGCACAUAUCGCACAGGAAGAUUCAGGAGAGAAUGGUAUUGUUUUGACUAAUCUGGACAUUCUUAUACAAAUUCAGGGGGGAAUUGCUUAUAUAAGUAAUCGUGGUGUGUUUCAAGGUCGAGAGUUAUAUAUAGACUACGAUAAACAUCCGGAACUUUCACGUCUAAUAAUAAUGUACACUGAUUUCAAAUAUCUAUAA